CUGCGCCGUGCGACAUGGGAAAGAAGUCCCGUCGACGUCGUGUUCCAUCCUCCCGCCACCACCGGCCGUUCGUCGGCUCUUGCGUUCCCUGGGUGAUGCUGGACCGAAUCGCCCACCGCACCAAGGGGGGCGGGGAUCGGGUCGUUCGGGACGAGGUGGCCGACGGCACGCUGUCGGAGAUCUCAUCCACCUGCACGGGCAAGCCCAUCGCCGUCUCCCUCCGGGUCGCGGAGCCCCCGGAGGUGUCCCGCCUCUACCUCCACUGGCCGGACGGGCUCAGGCCGGAGAUGAGGGACGUGAACAGGCCAACCGUCAUCGCGGCGCAUGGCGACUCGAUACUCUUCGAGACGUACGUCCCCCUCGACGCAUGCGGCCUUAGCACCACCAGUUACCCCAUCGACUAUUUCGUCUACACGGCCCCCUCCCGCCCCAAGAUCGGGUCCCCAUCGCUCCUCUGGCGACUACCGACAUGCUUCGAGAACGGCCGGGUGGACGCUGCUAUGACGGAUCACUACUGCAAGCCGUACCUGAGUCGUGAUCAACGGGCAAUGUGGCGCGGAAACAUCGGUCUCCUGUGCCGUGGCGACGGUGGGUUCACGGUGGCGAACCUCGCGGUGGGCGUUCAACAGCCGUGCCUCUGUCUCGGUGAGUUCUCGGUGCUGCACCAUACGCCCGCGGAGACGGAGAUGAAGUGGGAGGUCAAGCAGCUGCCAGCGCCAGUGCCUUGUGACGGCCAUGACGGCCCCCCGAACCUUUUGAUCGGUGGUCGUCCCUGCUCCUGGGAAACUGACAUUGUCAUCCCCUUUGAAUUUGAUGGUCGCCAUUUCUUGUGCUGGGUCGACCUCUAUCUGGGCUUGAUGUUUGUGGACGUCACCGCCAAACAUCCACCGCCGCCGCGUUACGCCCGGUUACCCGUGGAGCUGGAUCAACGUCGUCUCUACAUCGACGCCGGGGCCCCUGACCCAGCCCGCCGCGUCUGCGUCACCGACGCAUGCAUUAUGCAGCUCAUUAGCAUCAACAACGACGCAGGACGCAGCGUGCUCGACCGCUCGUGUUCUGCUUUCAGCAUCUCAACCUGGACCUUAGAGUUAGAGACGAUGCAAUGGCACAAGGUCGUCGCCAUCAGAUCCGACAAAUUCUGGGCCGCUAUUGACACAGACAAGCGUCUUCCACGCCUCCUGCCAGAGUUUCCAACCAUGAGCAUGGUUGAUCCUGAUGAUGUUUGCUUCACGUUGGAGGAUAGGUACCACAAUUUCUGGCUGGUAAACGUCGACAUUAAGAACAAGGUCCUGGGGGCUGUCGCGCUCUACAUCAACGAAGAAGAAGAAGAAGAGGAAGGAUGCACCGCUGGUGUGUUCUAUGGCAACUCCUUUAUCACCAGUCAGUUCACCAGGUACAUGGAUAAGGAUGCUAUCAAAAGUCUUGAAAUGAGCAAGAAAUUGCAGCGAGCAAAACAGGAGCGGGUCAUGGAAAAGAUGGACUAAAGACUGUAACGGGCUAU